GCGCGCAUGCGAACCGCUAAUGGAAGAACGUAUUUGGAUUUCUUCGUUUCUUCAGCUGACAGUCGCUGGCUGAUAAUGCGAGAUCGCUAAUCGAAAGAAUGGCACAGUAGAGCGACACUUCGGCAACAAUUCCUCCGCAACGAGAAACGGAAAAGGUUCGGGGUUCUACGCGAAACAUGAAAUUUCAAACUAAAGUGGUGACCAAGUGACUUAGUGGUUCAAUCAAAAGCGCCUUCCUGCGAAUCUGCAUGUUGAGCGACUAGAGGAAUCGUGGAAAUAGAAGAGGCAGUUAAAAAUGACUGCGAACAUACGAAACGACAAUAGUGACGACAAUUUUUCCGAUGAUGAAAGCGCCCCGCUCACCGAAAAUAUUUAUGGUGGAAGUGUUCGCACAGUACAAGAAACCAAAGGAUGGGACGUCUUCAGAGAUCCUCCUAUCAAGGAGGAGUCCGGUUCGAUGGCGAAUCAAAAAUGCCUGGAAAUCACCGUGAAAAUCCUCAAAAUCCUCGCCUACUUAGUCACGUUCGUUAUCGUAUUAGCAUCGGGGGUGAUCUCCAAAGGCACCCUACUGUUCAUGACCUCCCAACUCAAGCCUGAUAAAAUAGUCCACUAUUGCAAUAAGGAUUUAGGUAGGGAAAAGCAAUUCAUAGUCAAAUUGCCCACGCAAGAACGAGUGGCCUGGAUGUGGUGUUUGUUCUUUGCGUUCUGCGUGCCGCAGCUGGGAGCGCUGUUCCGAUCGACCAGGAUGUGCUACUUCAAGUCCUCCAAGCGGCCGCCCUUUAGUCACUUUUUGCUCAUAUUCCUGCCGGAGACUGCACAUACAAUCGGCUUGGCCCUUCUGGCCUUCUACAUUCUUCCGGAUAUCGAUGUGGUGAAGGGCGCCAUGUUGACCAAUUGCCUGUGCUUCAUGCCAGCUGUUUUGGGUUUGCUGUCUCGCAACAACAAAGAGUCCAGUAGGUUUAUUAAGGUGAUCAUGGAUCUGGUGGCGAUCUCAGCGCAAGCUACUGGAUUUAUUGUCUGGCCGAUUAUAGAAAACCGCGCAGAUCUCUGGAUCAUUCCAGUGACGAUUUUCCUCAUCUCCCUGGGAUGGUGGGAGAAUUACAUCUCCAAACACUCCCCGCUGCCUUUCAUCAAAAAGCUGGGCAAGAUCAGGGAUUCGUUUGACAAGACCCGGUACUUCAACUAUAUGUUCAUUUCCAUCUGGAAGAUCCUCUGCUUCUUUCUCACCAUCCUGUUCGUGCUGCUGAUCCGCGAGGGAGAAGUGGCCUUCUUCUUCACCGAGUUCUCCGAGAGCUUCAACGUGCAUCCCAUCACAGUCUUGGAGAUAAAGCCGGUGCUGGGAGGAACGGUUUUGCCAGACAUCUCAGAGAUCAUCCCCACUGGGGAUGACACAGUCAUCCAGUCGAACGACUGGAGCGCCAUUUACGUGCUACUCAUCAACACACUCGCCUCUUAUCUGGCGUACAUUUUCGGCAAGUUCGCCUGCAAGAUCAUGAUCCAGGGCUUCUCCUACGCCUUCCCGGUCAACCUAACCAUCCCCGUCUGCGUCUCCCUCCUCAUAGCCGCCUGCGGCUUGAGGAACGGCGAUCCCUGUUUCUUCCACGACACUUUCCCAGAUUAUCUCUUCUAUGAGAUCCCGGCAGCUCAGUUCCUCAACGACUUCAUUUCGCAUCAGCACGCCUGGGUAUGGCUACUGUGGCUGCUAUCCCAAACGUGGGUGACUCUUCACAUUUGGACGCCCAAGUGCGAACGGUUGGCCCGCACGGAAAAACUCUUCGUCAUCCCCAUGUACGAAGGUUUGCUCAUUGAUCAGAGCAUGGGCAUGAACAGGAGAAGAGACGACGAAGCUGAUGUGAAGACUGAAGAUCUGGACGAAAUCCAGAAGGAGAAAGCCGACGAGUACUACGAGACCAUUUCCAAUCACACCGACGGCUCAUCGCCGAAGACUAUUAAGAACUCGGACAACAUCACCAGGAUCUACGCCUGUGCGACUAUGUGGCACGAGAACAAGGAGGAGAUGAUUGAGUUCUUGAAGUCCAUUUUGCGGCUGGAUGAGGACCAAUCGGCGCGGCGAGUAGCUCAGAAGUACCUGCGAGUGGUCGAUCCCGACUACUACGAGUUUGAAACGCAUAUCUUCUUCGAUGACGCCUUCGAAAUUGCUGAUCACAACGACGACGAUACGCAAGUGAAUCGAUUUGUUAAAUUGCUGAUCGCCACUAUUGAUGAAGCUGCUUCGGACGUGCAUCAGACGCAUAUCAGAGUGAGGCCGCCCAAGAAAAUUCCAACACCUUAUGGAGGCCGUUUAAUCUGGCAAUUGCCUGGCAAAACCAAGAUGAUCGCCCACUUAAAGGACAAGAUGAAGAUCAGACACCGAAAGCGUUGGUCGCAAGUGAUGUACAUGUACUAUCUGCUCGGUCAUCGGCUAAUGGAACUGCCCAUAUCCGUAGACCGGAAGGAAACGAUUGCGGAAAACACCUAUCUGCUCACCCUGGACGGAGACAUCGACUUCCAGCCCUCGGCUGUUCUGCUGUUGAUCGAUUUGAUGAAGAAGAACAAAAAUCUAGGGGCGGCCUGUGGACGUAUCCAUCCAGUGGGCUCCGGGCCAAUGGUGUGGUACCAACUGUUCGAGUACGCGAUUGGCCAUUGGCUGCAAAAGGCCACCGAGCACGUGAUUGGCUGCGUGCUUUGCAGCCCUGGAUGCUUCUCGCUCUUCCGAGGCAAAGCCCUGAUGGACGACAAUGUUAUGAAGAAGUACACUACAUGCUCUGCCGAGGCUCGACAUUACGUGCAGUACGAUCAAGGAGAGGACCGUUGGUUGUGCACUCUGCUCCUCCAAAGAGGCUAUCGAGUGGAGUAUUCGGCUGCCUCAGACGCCUACACGCACGCCCCUGAAGGCUUCAACGAGUUCUACAAUCAACGGCGCCGAUGGGUGCCUUCGACCAUCGCCAACAUCAUGGAUCUGCUGAUGGACUCCAAAAGGACCAUUGACGUGAACGACAACAUCUCCAUGCCCUACAUUGGGUACCAGAUCCUGCUGAUGGGCGGCACCAUCUUGGGACCUGGCACCAUCUUCCUCAUGUUGGUCGGGGCCUUUGUUGCGGCCUUCCAAAUCGACAACUGGACCAGCUUCUACUACAACCUCUACCCCAUUCUGUUCUUCAUGCUCGUUUGCUUCACCUGCAAGUCCAACAUACAGCUGAUCGUUGCCCAGAUCCUCUCCACUGGCUAUGCCCUGAUUAUGAUGGCAGUCAUCGUGGGGACCGCGCUACAGCUGAGGGAGGAUGGCAUCGGAUCGCCUUCGGCGAUUUUCCUCAUUGCCAUGACCGGGUCGUUCUUCAUAGCGGCCUGCCUUCAUCCGCAGGAGUUCUGGUGCAUCGUGCCGGGAGUGAUUUACCUCCUGUCCAUUCCCUCUAUGUACUUGCUGUUGAUUCUCUACUCCAUCAUCAACCUGAACAAUGUCUCCUGGGGGACCCGGGAGGUGGCGGUGAAGAAGACCAAAAAGGAACUGGAAGAAGAGAAGAAGCAGGCGGAGCAAUCGAAGAAGCAGACGAAGCACAAGUCGCUGCUUGGGUUUCUGCAAAACGGAGGCACCAACGACGAUGACGAAGGCAGCAUUGAAAUCUCCCUGGCUGGCUUGUUUAAGUGCAUGCUGUGCACUCAUCAGAAGGCUGGAGAUGAAACGACGCAACUCAUCCACAUCGGCGAGUCCUUGGACAAGCUCCAAAAGCGCCUGGAUCACAUCGAAAAAGUCGUCGACCCAAGCGGCCACGCCUCGAGGAAACGAAGCAUGUCCGCCUCCUCCAGGCAUGGCGACCAUCAUCACCUCAGCGCCGUCAAUGAGGAGCCUGCUGAGGACGCCUCUUCGGAGUCGGACUCAGAAAGCACCUCCACAGUGCCUCAGAACAAGCGCGAUGACCUGGUCAAUCCCUACUGGAUCGAAGAUCCUGAUGUUGGCAAAGGCGAAGUGGAGUAUUUGAGCAGCAAUGAGAUGCAGUUCUGGAAGGAUUUGCUGGACAAGUAUCUCUAUCCCUUGGACGAGAACAAGGAGGAAAAGGCACGUAUCGCAUCCGAUUUAAAAGAGCUCCGAGACCAAUCAGUGUUCGCGUUCUUUAUGCUGAACGCCCUUUUCGUACUAAUCGUGUUCUUGUUGACCCUCAAAAAGGACAAUCUUCACAUUAAAUGGCCGUUCGGUGUGAAAACGAACAUAACGUAUGACGAGAGUUCACAAGAGGUUCACAUCAGCAAGGAAUACCUGCAGCUCGAACCCAUCGGGUUGGUGUUCGUGUUUUUCUUUGCCCUCAUCUUGGUGAUCCAGUUCGUCGCGAUGUUGUUCCAUCGAUUCGGCACCAUCGCGCACAUCCUCGCCUCCACUGAGCUGAACUUGUUCAGCAAAAAGGUACCAAGCCUCCCUCUCACCUCCUCCAGCUGCUCAUUUUUGCUCGGAUUACAGAAAGAGGAAAUGUCUCCUAACGCGCUCCUGGAUAAGCAAGCGGUAGCCAUAGUGAAACAGCUGCAGAAACUGCAGGGAAUUGACGAUGGCGACUACGACAACGACUCGGGCUCCGGCCCGGACCGAAUCGGGCGCCGGAAAACCAUCCACAACAUCCAGAGGGCGGCGCAGAAGAAGCGCCAGAUCGGCACUCUGGAUGUGGCCUUCAAGAAGAGAUUCGCUAAGCUCAACGCCAACCCGAAUGGAGGCACUCCAGUGCUCAGCAGGAGAAUGACAAUGCGUCGAGAGACCAUGAAGGCUUUGGAGGUGCGCGUCAACUCCGUCAUGGCGGAGCGGAGGAAGUCGCACAUGCAAACUCUGGGCGCUAAAAACGACUUUAACAGCGCCACAAACAACAACGUGAACAAUCUGACCCGGAACCAUCGAAGCAGCGUUGCCAGCAGCAUUCCUGCGAAGGAAAUCUUCGAAAAUGGCCUCGUGAACAAGGCGUUUGAAGAGGAGAGCACGUACGGAGGCAGCAGAAACUCGUUGCCCAUGCAACCGCGCAAUAACAUGCAAUGGAAGGGCAGCAACAGCCGGAUAUAAAUAGCACUAGAUUAGACUUAGGAUAGCAACUCAGCACUGCCGAGCAAUACUCAUUCUCUUCACUCAAACUGCCAUUUUCCUGAUCUUCGGCUAAACUUGUUCAACUCUUCAACACUCAACGCGACAUUGUUCUGCUCAAGUUUUGUAUAAGCGUGUACUAUAAUACUACUUCUAGGUAAUGUAAUAUUUAAAUUAUUUUUAACUUUUGCAUUUGUGAUAAGUAAAUGAUUUAAAAAAUA